CUAUUCACUUCGUACCUUUGAAAAUGGUGACUUCCGGUUGAAAACAAGGAAUUUCUCCUCCGAUAAUUUGAGCAGACGCCUCCCUGUCAUGACAGGAAUAUUAUUCUAAUCACAAUAUAACUCUUCGUCAUGGCUGACAGCAAAAAGAGCAGAGGGUUGGGUCACGUCGUAAGAUCCCGAGAGUCUUCAGAUCAAGAUCCCUACACACACAGUUUGCUGCGUCAUGUGUUUUCUGAUCAAGAAAAGUCGUCUGAAGCAGGGGCUGCUGGUGUUGAGAAAGCCAUGGACCUACACAACCUGCAAAGCUACAUCGACCUGUCUCUCAGUGACGCUGUCAACUUGCAGGGAGCUUGUGCUGGAGCACGGGAAGAAGAGUCAUCCCCAGAUGAAAACUCAGGUCGAAUCGGAAGUAAGGAGGUCUUCUUUGAUAUUUACUCCAAUGUCGGGACACUCAUCGUGGAGCCAGACAGGCUUGGGGUCUCCAGUCUGAGUAACUUCAGCAGUAUGAGGGCCAACACCUGUGUUUACAAAGGGAAGUGGGUGUAUGAGCUGAUGCUGGGCUCCAAGGGCGUAAUGCAGCUGGGCUGGUGUACCAUGCAGUGCAAGUUUUCACAAGAGGAGGGUGUAGGCGACACUCAAGACUCCUAUGCUUAUGAUGGGAGUCGACUGAGGAAAUGGAAUGUGAAGACACAGAAAUAUGGAGAACCAUGGUUGACUGGAGAUGUGAUCAGUUGUGCCAUUGACUGUGAUGAAGGAACGAUGACAUUUUACAGAAAUGGAAACUGCAUGGGACAGGCCUUUUCAACAGUUCGUCGCGGGCCAGGCCUGGCCUACUUCCCUGCUGUUAGUCUUUCAAUAUCGGAGAACCUUCGUGCCAAUUUUGGCGCCACACCUCUAAGAUAUCCGCUGGAAGGGUAUCAACCACUGCAAGACCCCCCCAAGUCAGAUCUAGUUCGGGCUCAAGUUCUGUUUGGCUACCUGGAGAAGCUCCUGCCUGUUAUGAUAGAAGAUGAUAAGGUUAUUGGUGCUGAAGUGAUUCAGGGCAAAGGAGAGGAGGCUCUACCUCCUCUGACAGAACACCGGACUCGGCGAUGUACGGCCAUGCUGGUGGCGGCACAUAUAUUUGAAAAAUUGGCGCCACUCUUGAGAAGUGCCUACAUUGUAGAAGGGCAUUUGUUAAAGUUUUUGUUGAAGUUCCGCGACUGUGAUAUACAUCUAUCAGAACAGCCUUACAUAUCGAAGCUGCUGGACCUGUUCUGGGCUCUACUUCAGGAUUUCGAGCUGAAGACAUGUCUGGAGCAUCUGGUGACCACGCUACUGUCAUCCUAUCGCUUCUCCCCUGUAACUUCAGAUUUCCGAUAUCCGAAAUUGUAUCUGAACCUCACCCUGGCAAUACUACAACACGGACGCACAAGAAAACACCUGCUGGCCAAUGUUCUAUUUGACAAGGUGAAGUUCCCCAUCUUCCUACAUAUCAAACCCCCUGACGACGGAGGCCUGGCGGAGAUGGUGCCGAUAGUGUACUGGGAGUACCAAACCAAGGAGGAAGAUGACCCUGUUCCCGAUGAACCCCCCGAGGUUCUCCGGAAGAAGAAAGACUACCUGGCCUCCUGUGAAGAACUCCGGAAACAAAUUGAAGAGGUUGAAGAUAUCCAAGUGGCGAUGCUCAAAGUACUUCUGAUUUGGAAUGACCCCAAAGAUGGUAAAACCACACGAGACAUCUUCAUGGAGAAGUUGCGGGCCUUUCUGAGGGAGAACAGCGCCUACACAAGAGUGCACCAGAUCCACACAUGCCCGCUGCCGGUGUCCCUGUGCUUCUACCAUCGACUGAUCCAAGCCCUGCGCUACUACUGGGACCUCUUUCAGAAGGAGGACACAGGCCGAUUUGUACACAGCUCAGGUUCCUUUGUCCCGGUUCAGGAAUUUUGGGUGGAUACUCGGGAAUAUUAUGAUUUCCAGAGGUGCGGAGGUCUGAUGUCACAUCUCAACAGGACUCUGGGUGCCGAGGUGAAUAAAGCUCAGGGUAUUUCCGUUUCUGAUGAUGGAAAAGUUGUUCGAACGGAUAAGAAGUCCAAGGAUUCAGCAGCUCAGAGUACUGAGGUGUACCCCGAGCCCGAGAUGCCCAGUGGGAACUCCCUGAUGAAACUAUUGGACAGCCUCGUCAUCCUGUACCACAUAGCAGCCCACAAGCAGCUCGGCAAGAUGUGUGCACUGAGGGACAACAUGAGAGACUUCGUGUUUGCUCUGCAGGAUACAGAAGAAAAAAUCAAAAGGUGCUCCACCGAGACGACUGACAUCCGUGAUGAUCUGGAACAGGCCAAAAAGGUUUUCCUCGAGAAGAUCACAGAACAGUCUCGCCAGAUGGGUUGGGUUAUUGCUGUUAUAUACUCUAAGUCGAAGCAGAACGACAUAGCGUGGAUGCUGCGGGUGAUCCUGACAACAGUAGAGAAGGCUUCCAAGUACAAGCAGCUGUUCCAGUUUGUCCCCGAGCUGUACAUAGAGAGCUGCAUCAACAGCUACAACGCCCUCAAGAACUACCUGCACCCAACAACUAAGUGUGAUCAGAUUGAAGGUUAUGAUGAACUUCUAGUCAAGUAUGCCAACUUCCUGACGAGCCACUUUGCUGAUUCCAGGAUUGUCAGCAACGACCUGAGGGACAACCUGGUACAGGCGCUGGCCUGCUUCACCUGCUACCCCCGCACCCUGCAGGUGCUGGAGGCUCUACCAUGGGAAAGGAAGGCAUCUGUUAUCAAGUCACUUAUAGCCCCUUAUGAGAACAGAUCCUGGGCACACACAAACUGGAUCUUGGUCAGAUUGUGGAAGGGUUGUGGAUUUGCAUUUCGAUAUCGCUUCUUGCCAAAUUUGGUGCCUUCUAAGGUCCAACCCACAGAGUUCAGCUUUGUCAGUCUUCAGAAGCCGUGCCCCUCGUACGUGUAUCAGUCCAUCCUGGCCAAGAUACUGCUGGAUGAGGAGGCCAUGUCCACCCGGUUCCUUGACACUCUGAUGAACCAACUCAACUGGUCCUUCUCCGAGUUCGUGGGCAUCAUGCAGGAGAUUAACCAGUUGGUAUCACACACAGAACACAUGUUCCUUGAAGGGCGACAGCUGAAGAUCUGUGCAGCGUGUUUCGAGAUCUCCGUGUGUCUACUCAGGGUUCUGGAGAUGGUGGUGUCCAUAGCUUCGCAGCUGUUUACAGACUGGUCACGGCCUUCUGCCGAACUCUUCCUCAAGAGAAUCAUGCAGUUACUAAGUCAGGUGAUGAGCAGAAUCACAUCCAAGAAUGGUGCUUUUGAAAAGCUGGUGUCACUACCACUGCCAGGUCUGGACAGUGUGACCUACUUCCCGGUGCUCACAGUGGCAGUAGGCAUCCUCAUCAAACUGCUGAUUGACACACAAGGAGAGAGGCAAGAGAAGGCAACGCGAGCCCUGCUGCUGGAUGCGGGAUUCAAGAUGUCCACGCUCGACUUUGUUCUCGGGGAGAUUCCACCUGAGAAGGGCAAGAAAGGGAAAAAGUUCUCUCUGAAGACAUAUGAGGAAGUAAGCAAGGAGGAGCUUGAAAACAUAGAAAGUCUGCGAGUCUACCUCAAGCACAAGGAGAACUCUCUGGAGUCACAGUCUCAGGUGAAAGUGAGAGACGAAGACCUGUGUACGAUAUGCUAUGCAAGUCCUCGGUCGGCUACGUUCAUCCCCUGUGGCCAUCAGUCCUGCAGGACGUGCAUCACACAGCAGCUGAUGGCCAAGAAGGAGUGCUUUUUCUGCAAGGCAAUCAUCACCUCUGUAAAGGACAUGCAUGGAAACACGAUCCUCCGAGAACAAUGUCAAGGCCAGUCGAAGCACUGACAGUAAGAGACAGUCUUCACAGGCGGACAGCGUUCACAUAUCAAGGCCGUCAAAGGGUCAUGGGUCAUGAGAGAGUUGGAUUUCAUUCUACAUUGAGAUGAUCCAGACGAUGUGAUUUUUUCACCUUUUACAAAGUUGUAACGGUUCAAUUGCUUUGAAACAAAUUUGUUAUGGCGUAUAUUUUAGUAUACUGAGACAACAUGGUGUGGUUGCAGCUGUCGUUGCAGGAUUGGAACAAUGUGUAUCUGGAUUUAUUGAAUGCAGUAAAUAUGGAUUAAAGGGGUUCCAAUCAACGUAAGUCAUAACAGAACACUGUGAAACAAAACAAUUUAUGAAGUACAUCAUUUGCUUGGGUUUAGCAGGGACCUGAACAAGUUUGACAUGUUGACGUAAGCUGUUAAUGCACAAGAUUUUAUGUAGUGGAAAGAGUCAAAUAUCUUUUGUUGAAACUAUCCGUCUCAAAGGCAGAGCUGUUGGGUGAGAGGGAGGGAUUGUACUGAACAAGUUUGACAUGUUGACGUAAGCUGUUAAUGCACAAGUUUUGAUGUAAUGGAAAGAGUCAAAUAUCUAUAGUUAAAACUGUUCGUCUUGAAGGCAGAGCUGUUGGGUGAGAGGAGAGGGAGGGAUUGUUCUGAACAUGUGGGAGAUAUUGGCCCAUGGGGUAACCAUGAGACGAUGAUCGUUUCAAGAUUUGAGAUAAACAGUGUCUACGAGUUUUGCCAUGAUAUUUUUAUAUUAAGUGCAAUAGGCUAUUUCAGACAAAUAAUAAUUUUGUAUUAAAUAAGACCAAAGUAAGUUUUUAGGAAAACCUGCAGAGAAUUUUUUGACUCCCGUCAUGGAAUAUUGGAUCCAAUGUAGUAUUAUAGUGCCUGCAGAAACUUUAUAGACACAUUGGUCUGAUAUGGGCAUUCUAUAUUGUAAUAUAAAGAUAUGUAGCUUUGAGGGUCCUGAUGUUUUCAAGUUAACAGGUGCCAAUAAAUACACCUGAACACGAAAACAACUGAUGGAGAUGGAUACAGGUGAAAGUAUCCCACCUGUACCGAUUUGUCCGUCUCAUUUGGAAAACAACUGACAUUAUGUAUUUGACAUUUCAACCAUGCAUGCAGGGCUCCAGAUAUGUUUUGAGUCAUUGAGUAUUUACUCACAUGUUAUUAUUCACAUCGUGUAUUGAGUUUUCUUUGGUAUUCAAUAUCUUUUUACUCUCUUUGUCCAGUAUGUUGUGUUUUGUAAACCAAUGAGGAGACUUUUAAAAAAUAUGAUUCUACUUCUAUGCUGUUUCAGGUAACUUCUAAUUAGCAUAUGAUAGUGUGCUGUCCUAGGAAAGUCACAUGUUGCAUACAGUAAGGAGGAUGUUGCACAUCUGUGCAUUAUUCUCUGCAGUAGACUCGAUGUAUACGUGAAGCGUGUAUUGAGUCAGUACGAAGACCUGUAAAGAUAUACCGUCUUCGACGUAAUAAGUGCCCUGGGCGCUCUCAAAAUUAGAAAUAGGGGUCUCUUAUUAGAAUAUUAUUUUGGUGAAAAACAAGAGUUGAAAGAUAAAUUUCAUGGUUUAUACUG